CCAUCUUUUGUAUUAAAUGUGCAAAAAAGAUUUGUAUUAAAGAUGCACAUCCAUCUUUUGUAUUAAACAUGCACAUCCAUUUUACAUAUUAAAUUUGCACAUACAUCUUCUGUAUUAAUGCCAAGUAAUCACAUUAACUACAUGCAAGUUUCAGGAUGCAUAUAUCAUCCCCCUGUUCAUGCAAUCCCUUCUCAAUUCUCAUCAAGUUCUUCCAUUCAGUUCCCUCAACCCAAAAAAAAAAAUAAGUUCUUCCAUUCAGAUUACUUGAUCCCCAGCCAUGUCGACGGCCGGGAGGAAGAUGACCACCAUGCUUGCCAUUGCCUUACUCAUGGCCAUCCUCUUCGCCUCACUCUCCGGCACAGAAGCUAUCAUCUGCAAAGCAAGGAGCAAGAUGUACCGCGGGAAGUGCAGGGGCAACAGAAACUGCGCCAUGAUCUGCGUCCACGAGGAGUACACCGGCGGCUACUGCUCCAAGGGCGUCUUCUCCAAGUGCAUGUGCACCAAGCGGUGUGGCGGCGGCGGCGGUGGCGGCGGAGGAGGAGGAGGCGGCGGCGGCGAUGAGCCGCCGUUGCGUGAGGCCCGUGUCCACCGCUCGUCGCCGCCGUUGGAGCCCAAGUGAUUGUUUGGUUUGAGAUAGAGAAAAGGAAAAAAGAAAAGGCAUUUUACUCAUUUUCGUUGUGUAAAGAUGGAAGGCGCUGGGUUAUGAACUCAAUCGAAUAAAAUGCCUUCAUUUUUUUUA